GUCUCCACGUGGUUCGAGAGAGUCAGCAUGAUGGUGAUCUUGUUGAACUGCGUGACCCUGGGGAUGUACCAACCGUGUGAGAACAUCGACUGCACCUCGGAUCGAUGCAAAAUACUGCAGGCUUUUGACGUCUUUAUCUACAUCUUCUUCGCUCUGGAGAUGGUUAUAAAGAUGCUCGCUCUGGGGAUCUUCGGGCGCCGCUGUUACCUCGGGGACACGUGGAACCGACUGGAUUUCUUCAUCGUCAUGUCAGGGAUGAUCGAGUACUCGUUGGACCUGCAGAACCUGAACUUCACCGCCAUCAGGACAGUGAGGGUGCUGCGGCCUCUCAAAGCCAUCAACAGGGUGCCAAGUAUGCGCAUCCUGGUGAAUCUGCUGCUGGACACGCUGCCCAUGCUGGGGAACGUCCUCCUCCUCUGCUUUUUCGUCUUCUUCAUCUUCGGCAUCAUCGGCGUGCAGCUGUGGGCGGGGCUUCUGAGGAACCGCUGCUACCCCGCGGAGAACUUCACUCUUAGUAGUGGCAUCAGCCUCCCCCGGCCCUACUACAGUGCCGAUGAGGAUGACGAGCGGCCCUUCAUCUGCUCGCUGCCCAUCGAUAAUGGCAUCAUGUCCUGCUCAGACGUCCCGGCGCGGCGUGAGGGCGGACGGACGUGCUGCCUGGAUAAAGACGACGCUCUGUACCGCCAGUCGCUGGGCCUCAGCCCCGAGCCGCUAGCCAAUGGGAGCGUCAGCGUGGGCGGGCUCUGUGUGAACUGGAACCAGUACUACACCCGCUGCCACACGGGGCUCAGCAACCCUCACAAAGGAGCCAUCAACUUCGACAACAUCUGCUUCGCCUGGAUCGUCAUCUUUCAGGUGAUCACUCUGGAGGGCUGGGUGGAGAUCAUGUACUAUGUGAUGGAUGCUCACUCCUUCUACAACUUCAUCUACUUCAUCCUGCUGAUCAUUAUUGGUUCCUUCUUCAUGAUCAACCUGUGCCUCGUGGUCAUCGCCACCCAGUUUUCUGAGACCAAGCAGCGGGAGCACCAGCUGAUGCAGGAGCAGCGAGCGAGAUGUUCCUCUAACUCCACUCUGGACAGCGAGCCUGGAGACUGCUACGAGGCUGUCUUCCAGCUCGUCUGUCACAUGAUCCGCAAGGCCCGGAGACAAACUGUCUUCCUGUUCAACACCCUGCGGGGGAAACCUCGUGGAUUUAAGGGCGUCGGAAGAGGAAGAAGAGGAGGAGGAGGGGAAAGGAGAGAGAGGAAGGCCAAUGGAAGGGGAGGAGUUGAGAAGAGAGCAGUGAUGAGGCACGGUCCCCCCUGUCCCCAUCGUAGUAAACCGGACCACACCUCUGCGACUGACGGCUGCCCUCAAUGUGCCGCUGCUCUGUCGCUCACUGGACCAACUCGUACUGCGGUGAAAGAGGAAACAGAGGAGGGAGCUGUAGAGGAAACGGACCGGGAGGGGACGCACUCUGACACCAAGGAGAAGGGCAAUACAGGCCAGGAAGGUGCAGAGAAACAGGAGUGCUGUAGCCGAAAGAAGGGAUGCAAGGAGAUAUGGCAUGACAUCACGAUGAAGCUUUGGGGAAUCGUGGAGAGCAAAUACUUCAACCGAGGCAUCAUGAUCGCUAUCCUCAUCAAUACCAUCAGUAUGGGCAUCGAGCACCACGAGCAGCCAGAAGAACUCACCAAUGUUCUGGAAAUCUGCAACAUCGUGUUCACCAGCAUGUUCUCCCUGGAGAUGUUACUCAAACUCACUGCAUUUGGCUCCUUCAGCUACCUGAGAAACCCCUACAAUGUCUUUGAUGGAAUCAUCGUCAUCAUAAGUGUGUGUGAGAUCGUGGGCCAGUCUGACGGAGGUCUGUCGGUGCUGAGGACCUUCAGACUGCUGAGGGUCCUGAAGCUCGUGAGGUUCAUGCCCGCUCUGAGGAGACAGCUGGUGGUUCUGAUGAAGACCAUGGACAACGUGGCCACCUUCUGCAUGCUGCUCAUGCUCUUCAUCUUCAUCUUCAGUAUCCUGGGGAUGCACAUCUUCGGCUGUAAGUUCAGUCUGAAGACAGAGACCGGCGACACCGUGCCGGACCGGAAGAACUUUGACUCUCUGCUCUGGGCCAUCGUCACCGUGUUCCAGAUUCUGACCCAGGAGGACUGGAACGCGGUUUUGUACAACGGGAUGGCGGCCACUUCUCCUCUCGCCGCUCUUUACUUCGUGGCGCUCAUGACUUUUGGAAACUACGUCCUCUUCAACUUGCUGGUAGCCAUCUUGGUCGAAGGCUUUCAGGCGGAGGGUGAUGCCAAUCGCUCUUAUUCUGAUGAUGACCACUCUUCCUUUGACGAGAGUGAGAAACACGAAUCCAUAAAGUUGUCUGACCCCAGGAUCUGCACGCUGACCCCCAACGGGCACCUGGAGCUCGGGGCCCUGUCGGGGCCGCGGGGGUCGCGGAGGUCAAACUCCUCAGAGAGGCGGAGCUUCACCAUGGAGUCCAGGAAAAGCAGCGUGAAGAGCAGCUUGAAGAGCAGUGUGAAGAGCAGUGAAAAGAGCAGCCUGGAGAGACGCUCCCUCUCUCUG